AAUACAGGGAUAUGGCGUCUAGUGAGAUCGAAGAGCCGUAGCUAGGCGGCAAGCCAGAAGCUAGGCAGAGAAUUUUACUGGAGAUUCCGAUCACGUCUUUAAUUUUAUUUGGGGCUUUGAAGAUGAUAUUAAGUUAAUAAACACACCCACAUACUUGAGUGUCUGGUACAGUGUCAGUUACUGGCAUCAUGUCUGACAAUGAGGCACCAGCUCAGGAGGAGACCAAGAGGAAACGUGGUCGACCAGCCAAGGCCGGUGGAGAAGUCAAAGAGUUACCAGGAAAGGAGGUGAAAAAGCGUGGGAGGCCAGGGAAUGAAGAGAAGAAAGAAGUGAAAAAGGCUGAUGGUGCUUCCCCUGCCAAAAGAGGGCGAGGAAGACCAAAGGGCUCAACAAAGAAGAAGGGGAAGGCUGCUGCUAAGAAGUCUGCAGGAAGCACUGGGAGGGGCCGUGGUCGUCCCAGGAAGGAAGAGAAGAAGGUAGAGUCAGCAGGUGAGGAUGAGGAGGAGGAGGAAGAAGAGGAGGAGGAGGAAGAGGGAGAAGACUAAACACAACCAUCAUCAUGAUUGGGAACCCAGACUUUAUAUAACCUGUAAAAAAGUGUCUUCAUCAUUUUAACAUGUAUUGUACGAAGAUAAUGUCUGCAGAGGGUUAAUGCUUGGCUUUUAUGUAGUGUGGCAGUUGCCAGAUUGAUGUUUCUUUUAGAGUGGUUUUCUGCUUUGUGCUGAAUCCACUUGGAAUAUCAACUGCACAGGUUACAGUUCACAUUGGAUGACUGUUUUUCACUGUUUUAGUGUGUAUGUAGGGUGUGAUUGCCCUGAUUUGUUCUUGAGUUUUUCAUAAUUGAAUGAAUUGUGUAACUGGAAAGGGGGAAAUGAUGCAAGGCCCUCUGCUGUUAUUUAUUUUUUGUGUAUGUUUAUACUAUUUAUCAGAUUUUGUAAUGCGGUGUUACAGUAAUAUAGCUGCUCAUAGUAUAAAUGGUGAAAAUUCUUCAUAGUUGCUAAAAUACUUUCAGGAAUAGCAGCAUUUUAUUCUCUAAGGAUUCUGGCUUCUAGAAUGCACAAACUCUGCUAGCAUUUGUUCACACCAGUACCUUUUUGGACUUUUACACAACAAAUUCAGUUUUGUGUUUUUUUAGCAUUUUCACUGCUGCUGUGUCAGGAAAUAGGUUAUGCUUUAGUCAGCUGUAACUGAAGCUGGUGUUCUCUGCUUUGUUUAUGACUAUCAGUGUAUGUAGCCCUGGGCUCAUAUUCUGCAAAUUUUUGACAUACAGGAUCCUGUGUGGUGCCAUGUUGAAGAACAUCAUUUGUUGUUGAUUAGCAGUGCUUCAUAUCAACAAAAUAUUGGAAAUUCUGAUGCUGUAAUAACAAAAGCAAAUCUAGUAUCAUGGCACAUGAUCCUUUCUAAAAGAUACAAGUUUUCAUUGCUUACAGUAGUAGAGCAAAGGCAUGCAUUAACACGCAUUUACAACUAUGAAAAUCUACUGACAAGAUGAUACUAUGACAAUUUAUUGCUUCAUGUUUGAACUUGUAAUGGCAGGUAUGUCAUCGUUAUUGCAGCAUGUUAUUAACACAUUUUUGUAUACAAUUCCACUCAUUACUUGUAACACUUCAUCAUUUAUUCACCCUGAGGUGGAUCACUACAUGUCUGAGUUUUCUUUUAGAAAUCACUUAUUAAAUGGAAUAUUUUCUGGGUAUUUGUAUAAUUUACCAGUUAAGGAACUUGAAGAUCUUGGUAGCCAUGUGACUGAGGAUAAUGUAUCUUUGUACAAAAAUGCUGUUCUAAUGACAUCUUUCCAGAAUAUUCUUUUUUGAGGUUAUAUAUAUUUUAGAGUUCCCAUUUAUAAAACAUUUGAGCAGCAGAAAUCUCAUUAAUGUGUAAUUGUCACAUAAAAUAAAUAUUUUACCAAAGCAUUUGCUUUCAAGUACAAUUGUAAUAUCAGUUAAUUACAGGACUUAAUUAAACAUUAUAAACAUACAAUCCUCCUUUUUCCAGGAAGCAUACUGUUAAUAUUUGGAGCUUUGGUUGUAUAUCAGAUGGUGAGGAACCUGUCUUGUGGUUUAAGCUAGUUGUGAAACUUGCACCAUUUGGAGGGGGUUGAAUUUUAAUUUUCAACUUGGAUCUUAUUUAUUGGAAAGGUACACUUGUGGGGAAAUAAAAGGGACUUUCUGUUACUGAUCCUCUUCUGUUUUGUUAGAUGUAUCCAAAUAACUAGUCCUGCCUGAUACAUUAAAAGUUUGUGUUUGUUCUUGGGACCAAGGAAAGUUAUCACAACCCUGAAAGUACUUGACACGUUGGCUCCCAGACAUCUUUUACCGGGCAUAAAUUUCGUACCAUGAUCCACUUGUGACCCUGACUGUAUACUGUUAAAAACAUUCAGAAUUCUUGUAUGAACCAUGUGACACUUGUAGCUCACAACAGACCUCAUGCAUCUUUCCUGUCUCAGCUGUGGUGUUAGAAAUACAUUGUUUCACUCCAUGAAGACAGCCUCCAAUAAAUGACUUGCAGUAUUAAAAUCUAUUCUCAGGUGACCCUCAUGGGAACCAAUAUAUUAAUCGUGGAAGGAAAAUCUUUGUGUUUCCUUCUGAGAGUACUUCAGCAAUUAGACUUUUAAGCUGGAGUAUUUUGUUCAUUUUACCUUUAUCACAUGGGAAUAGGGAUUAAUUCCCUGUAGUGUGGGGCUGCUGGCUGGUUUUCAACUCUGGGCUAUUCACAUAGCAGUAUGCUAGCAUUAAACAGAUCAGCUAUAUUGUAAGCAAGGUGGUAGUCAUGGAUGACAAAGUUUUAUAGAUGGUAUGUAAGCAGGAACCUGCAGGUUGUAUUUUUAUCAGCUGACUUAUGUUAAAACAGCCAGACUUUUGUUAGUGGGACAAUUUAUUGUCAUAGGAUGAUGGUAAAAACUACUGCCAUGGAUUGCUUAAAUUUGCUAUGUGCAGAUAAGGAGCUAUAAUGGAGAUCACCCUUCAGAAGUCUCAUUUCUGGUAUCUAGUAUUCUCAUUUCCUUGCUUGUUUCAAUGCCAUUUAAGUGGGCUGUUGAUCCAAUUAUUCCAUGUAGUAUUGACAAGUCUUCAGUAAAGUUUCAAAGUAGUUCUUGGCUUGUGUGCCCAUUUUAGGCAUUUGUAACUUGUGUAAAAGUGCACCAUAAUUUAGUAUUCUGGGAUUUAGGAGACCCACAGGAUGGUAGCUGCAAGGAGUUAUGAAAAUAGGGGACUGAGCUAAUUGCCAUUUGCAUUGUAUGACAGAACCCAUGAAAGUGGUGAAACAUGGAGUAUUAGCACAGUAGAUAUGGUCCUGUUGCACUGUAACUCCAUAGAUUAUUUCUGUAAUAAAGGUUUGCGGUGGUGUAGCAGUCUGUUACAUCUCAUUUAACUCCUGAAGUGUGAUCAGUGCCAGACACAGGCAAGUGAUAAAGGAAAUUCUUUUGCCACCCAUCUUCAUGAUGGGGGUUUGUAUGUUUAUGAACAGCAAAAUAAAAUUACCCUGAAUUUUUUUAUGUGUAUAUGAUAUUUAAACUGCCUGAAUCAAUUGGAAUGAGAGAUUGUAUUUUUAGAUGUAACAUGGCUCUGUUGAAAAAUGAUUACCUAAUACCAUGAUGGAAAGAUUGUUAUGUGAGCCAUUGCUACUAUAAUUAUAUCACAUUUUUUUAUGAUAUACUUUAUAUAGUGCUAAGGUAUGAUGAAGUCCUUUUCUGAUAAAAUAGAAGUAUGUAAAUGUUCAUACUGUAAUUUUAGGCCUCCAAAUAUUUAAAGCCUUGAGGAAGUAUAUUGGAGUACUCUGAUCUAACAUAGAAACCAUAUUUAUAUUGGAAUAGUUAUGGUAUAGUUACAUCUGAUUUACCAUCUGUUGUGGGCUUCAUCAUGUCUCCUUGUAGAGUAAGUGUUUACAAUGACAGACAACAGUAAUGUUAGCUUGUGCAAGAACUAAUGUAUAUUUGCUGAAGUAUAAGUGCAGAAGAGUUUAAUAAGGUAUGGUGAACAAAUAGUAGGUUUAGAUGUAGGAAGAGUUGCACUGCUAAUUUGAUAGUCAUCAAUUAAGUCUCAGCUGUUACAGUUCCUGUCAGUGAUAACUGAAGAUGUCACUGUAGCAUGCAGUUCACUCAAAUAGGUGUGUGUCUCUGAAUUGUCAUGUUCUAAUUUUUUUCCACACCUUUUUAAUUUGUCAUACAUAGUCACGUCAGAAAAAGAUCUUAAUUGAAGCACCAUUUUUAAUGUUUUCUUUUGUGUGAUCUUUGGUAAUAAAUGUGAAUGUUUUUAAAAGAUGCCAAAUUAGAAGUAGGUACUUUUUAAAACAAAUUCCAAGAACUUCUUGACAAAUGUGAUGGUUUUGAUUACUACAUUUUCUUUUAAUCACAUCAUGUUUAUUUCAGUGCUGUGGAAAAAUCUGUUCUUAUUAAAAAUACUUGGGAAACAGUUAUAUCAGAAAUGUUAGAAAGGAAAGUUUGUAUGUGUAAUUAUUGUAUCAUUGGAUAAGAUUAAUCAUUAUUAGUAUUCAAUACAAUGGAUUUUUGUGCUAGCUGUACUUUUUAAAUUCUGUUAAAUAUAUGUUAAUGUAGUAAUCAGAAUUAAAACUCUCAGAAGUAGAUUAUUCAUCUUUAAGUAGGUCUGCAAUAUUAGUAAACCUGUGCGACACUGAAGAAUAGAGGCCGUAUGUUGUGAACAAAAGGAAAGUGGUGUUUAUAUGUAUCACAAUACCACUACAAGCACUACAAUUUUUCCUUUUAUAAAUAAAUGUUCAAUUUAAGUAA